CCGCCCCCGCCAGGCGUGUGUGUGUCCUGUGUGUUUGGGGCCCGCGCGGGUUGCGCGCCCUCUGCUCCGGAGCCCGCUGCCCCGCGUCCUGACUGCUGCCCUGCAUCCCUCGCCUGGCCAGGCGUCGAGAGCCAACAUGGGCCAGGAAGAGGAGCUGCUGAGGAUCGCCAAAAAGCUGGAGAAGAUGGUGGCCAGGAAGAACACGGAAGGGGCCCUUGACCUUCUGAAGAAGCUGAACAGCUGUCAGAUGUCCAUCCAGCUGCUGCAGACGACCAGGAUUGGAGUUGCCGUCAACGGGGUUCGCAAGCACUGCUCAGACAGGGAGGUGGUGUCCUUGGCCAAGGUCCUCAUCAAAAACUGGAAGCGAUUGCUGGACUCCCCAGGACAUCCCAAAGGGGAAAAAGGAGAGGAAAGAGAGAAAGCCAAGAAGAAAGAGAAAGACCUCGACUGUUCAGAUUGGAAGCCCGAAGCAGGCCUUUCUCCCCCAAAAAAGAAAAGAGGAGAAGAGCCCCCAAACAGGAGAGACUCUGUGGACUCCAAGUCUUCCACCACCUCCUCUCCAAAAAGGCCUGCGAUGGAAAGAUCAAACAGCAGCAGAUCAAGAGCAGAGACCCCCAAAACACCCAGCAGCCCCUCCACUCCCACGUUUGCCCCCUCCGUCUGCCUCCUGGCGCCCUGCUAUCUCACAGGGGACUCUGUCCGGGACAAGUGUGUGGAGAUGCUGUCAGCGGCCCUGAGGGCAGAAGAUGAUUACAAGGAUUAUGGAGUCAACUGCGACAAGAUGGCUUCAGAAAUUGAAGAUCAUAUCUACCAGGAGCUCAAGAGCACAGACAUGAAAUACCGGAACCGCGUGCGCAGCCGCAUCAGCAACCUUAAGGACCCCAGGAACCCUGGCUUGAGGCGGAAUGUGCUCAGCGGGGCCAUUUCCGCUGGACUCAUAGCCAAGAUGACAGCAGAGGAAAUGGCCAGUGACGAGCUGAAGGAGUUGAGGAACGCCAUGACCCAGGAGGCCAUCCGGGAGCACCAGAUGGCCAAGACCGGCGGCACCACCACCGAUCUCUUCCAGUGCAGCAAAUGCAAGAAGAAGAACUGCACCUAUAACCAGGUGCAAACGCGCAGUGCCGACGAGCCCAUGACCACCUUCGUCCUGUGCAAUGAAUGCGGGAAUCGCUGGAAGUUCUGCUGACAGGACCGCCAGCCAGGACCGCAGCAUCCAAGGGCAAGGAACAGAGAGGGCGAGCUGAGCCACCGAACUGGAGAAAAAUAAAAGUUAAAAUGAAGAAAAAUACUGAACUCUGAAUGAGAUAGUAGGGAUCAGAGGGAGAAUUCUUACACAAACUGGUGAUCAGUUAUUAAUAAUAAAUGGAUAACGGGGGAGCCUAGUUGGGGUUCAGUGCUGAGAAUCUGUGGACAGACCUCCUGUGCCAAGCCGGAGCCUCAGAACUGAGGGGUCGUGUCUCUCACAGUGGGCAGCAGACCUUUGCUUUCACCCUUCCCCGCCCCCGUCUGAAUCACAGCCUUUUUUGGAUUGAAAAAUACCAGAGGAGGCCGAAUGGGGUGGCACAUGCCUAUCAUCCCAGCAACUUGGGAGGCCAAGACAGGAGGAUCGUGAGUUUGAGGCCAGCCUCAGCAAUUUGGUGAGGCUCUGUUUCAAAAUAAAAAAUAAAAAGGCUGGGGGUGUAGCUAGGUGUUAGAGCACCCCUGGGUUCAAUCCCCAGUACCACAGAAAAACAAAAACAAAUAAAAAACAGAUCAACAUGAAUGCUCCCCCACCCCAGAGCCACACUUGGGGCGUAGCCAACCCGUGGUUUGACUCAGGGAGAUAUGACUCCCACACCAGGCAGGAGCAUCUCGACUCCCUCUCCUCUCUUCCCAAACUCCCUGCUAUUCCCUGUUCACAGCUGGUUAUAGGGGACCUUUGAGGACCCCAGACCAGGUCCCUCUAGGUGGAGAACGGCUCCUCUAGAGGCAGUGCCCGGACUUUCACAAUCCUUGGAGGCCCUGAGCCUUGGAACCUGCCCAGGCCCUAGCACUGUGCUCCACCCGGCUCCAUCUGUGGCCCCAACUUCAGAGGAAGUCAGCAGACCCCAGGGGCCUUGUCAUGCUUCUCCCUUGAGGACAUCAGCUUGCUUCUCAUGCUGAUAAGAACUCUAGGCAAAGCUGGAAACUUCUGGAAAAGUCCUUGGGAGCAGAUCUGUUGUUGAGCCUUAUGGGUCUCAGUCUCUGUCCCUGGCCUUCCAUCAGCCCCAGGCUGAGCUGCCUUUACCUAAAAUGGACAAUGUGCUUGAGCCCAUGUACUCCGGGGAGCUUGGGCAAGUCACUUACCCUCUCUGAACCGCUUCCUUACCUCUAAAAAUGGAAGUAGUACUGCUGCUGCCCCCUCGGGUGACAUGUGGAGGUCGCUGGGUGCACCCUGCUCUGCCUUGGUUCACCCUGGGGUGAACCGUAACAAUAGCCCGAGCUCCUCAUCUCCCCGGGCAUCGUCCCCUCUGCCACUGGUGACGUCCUCUUCUUCUGCCCGUCAUGGGAUUCUCCUGAAGAUGAAGCCCGUGAAGAGACUGUUCAGAAAUCUGCCAUCAUCUCCGGCUUUUCAACAGUUAGAGCUGCAGGGGGCCGGUGGAAAGGCCGGGUUCCCUCCCAGAAAAGUCAACACCCACCGCUCCUACAGGCAGAACAGGACUGAGACCCAGGUCUUCUGUUCCCUGUUGUUGUGUUUGUCACUGAGACAUCUAGAGCUGGACACAGUGCUCAGCCUUGCCUUCCAGAAAUUCAUGGACUGAUGGGGAAAGAAACCAUAGACUUCCACACUAGAUGGGAUGUGACAGGCCAUAUCUGAGGUGCAAAUAUUGUCUGCAGAAAUGCAGAGGGUGCUGCUUAGAGACCCAGGUGCUCCGUGAACUUUGAUAUUAGAGGGAACUCCUGGGAAUUAUGCUAAAAUACAGAUUUUGAUUCAGUGCA